AUGGAAAGUAAUAAGCUUAAAAUGAAUACAAAAGAGAAGUUGGACAUUAAAACAAUUGUACUUGAGAUUCAGAACAAACUGGCUCAAGUUGCUCCAACAAAUUCCAAGAAAAAUGAUCAAUUGGCCUUAGAACUGUCAGAAAAGGUUCAGGAAGCAUGGGAGUUUUUACAGAAACAAGCAGAUAAGAAAGAUGAAAAAGCUGAAAAAUAUUCUUUGAUGUUCAUGUUGAAUGAUGCUUUGGUCAACUUUUUUUCCUAUUCAGAGAAGAAUGAACUAAUCAGUGAAAAUUGCCUGCGCACAAUUUUGAACGAUAAUAAGAAGGGACACAUUAUAUUCAAUUACAUCUUGGGAAGGUUUUCUACAAAUAAGGAUGUUGCCAACUUUUAUCUGAACUUUGAAUUCCAGAGUAGUGUUCAAGAAAGCCCAUUUACUAAAGACAUACAUGGUUUGUUAAAAUUAAUCAAGCAAUAUUCUGAUGUACUCAAGUCUUUAUAUUUCAAGUAUGGUGAAACACUGCAAAUACAAGCAGUGCAAGCAAGAGAACGUGAUAUGAAAAUUGAAGCAAAGAAUAGCAUUCGUUUGACAGAUUCCCAGCAAACAGUCAGUGGUCAAUCAUACUUCACACAAAUUCAAGGUGACAAGAAAUUCUACUCAGUAACAGAGUCACAAGCUAUUAACAAAGUGACUAAAAAUUUAAUUGACUAUUGGAAGCACAAAGUCAAAAGCAUCAAUGCUCAUGCAUUUCAGAGCCUGUAG